AUGGUUCAUUUCCGGACGGACAUCGGUGCUGUGAGCCCGCAAGCCACGGGAAGCAAUGACACCUACUCCAAAAACCUUAAGACCGAUGUUCUGAUAGUCGGUGCGGGAUUUGGUGGGAUAUACUUGAUGCACAAACUACGCCAACUUGGUUUCCAGUGCAAAAUUUACGAAGCUGGCAAGGGCCUAGGCGGAAUCUGGCAUUGGAAUUGCUAUCCAGGUGCUCGCGUUGACACCCAGGUUCCGAUUUACGAAUAUUCGCUCCCUGAAGUGUGGAAGGACUGGACAUGGUCUGAGCGAUAUCCUGGCUUCGCGGAACUCCGCAAGUACUUCGAACACGUUGAUCAAAAGCUUGGUAUCAGGAAGGAUGUCGCGUUUGACACCCGGGUGGUAGGCGCCCAGUUCGACAAGCCGUCGGCGAAGUGGAUCGUAGAGACGGAAGAUGGCCGCACCGCGAAGGCGAGAUACUUGCUGCUGGCGACUGGGUUCGCGGCCAAGCGUCACUUCCCAGGCUGGCCAGGCUUGGAUAGGUUCAAGGGCGAGAUCCACCACUCUUCAUUCUGGCCAGACGCAGGUGUUGAUGUCAAAGACAAGCGCGUUGCGGUCAUCGGAACUGGUUCUACAGGAGUCCAAAUUGCGCAAGAGACGGCAAAGACUGCAGGGUCUGUGACGGUCUUUCAGCGAACUCCGAAUCUUGCACUUCCCAUGCAACAGAAGCCCCUGACGAGGGAAGAGCAGAUGGACCGGAAGGCUCAGUAUCCCGAGAUAUACAAGAACCGGAUGACAACGUUUGCGGGCUUCCAGUACGAUUUCAUUGACAAGAACACGUAUGACGACACUCCCGAGGCGCGCGAAGCUUUCUACGAGAAGUGCUUUGAGAAUGGAGGGUUCGAGUUCUGGCUGGCCAACUAUAAGGAUCUGCUGUUCGACGCGGAGGCCAACCGCGCGGCGUACGACUUCUGGGCGAAGAAGACUCGUGCAAGGAUCUCGGAUCCAAGGAAGAGAGAUAUCCUGGCGCCGGUUGAACCACCGCAUGCGUUCGGAACUAAGCGUCCCAGCCUGGAGCAGAACUACUACGAGAUGCUUGACAGAGCGGAGAAUGACGUGGUUGACAUCAAGAAGACGCCGAUCGUCGAAGUGACGGAGACGGGCCUAAAGACUGCAGACGGCAAACACCGCGAAUUCGACGUUGUUGCACUGGCGACGGGGUUUGAUUCGGUGACUGGCGGGAUGAAGAACAUGGGGCUCAAGGAUGUGGAUGGCGUUCCGCUGUCGGAGAAGUGGAAGACGGGAACGUGGUCGUAUCUGGGCAUGACGUGUGCUGGCUUCCCCAACAUGUUUUUCCUCUACGGCGCCCAAGGCCCCACAGCCUUUAGCAACGGGCCAAGCUGCGUCGAGUGCCAGGGCGAUUGGAUCGUUGAUGCUAUGAAGAAACUGCGGGACGAGGACAUCCAGUACUGCGAUGCGACGCGGGAGGCCGAGGAGGGGUGGCGCCGCAGGGUCACGGAGCUGUCGGACAAGACGCUGUUCCCGGGCACGUCGUCGUGGUAUAUGGGUGCCAAUGUGCCGGGCAAGCCGCGUGAGCAGCUGAACUACGCGGGCGGCAUCCCCUUGUACGAGCAGGAGUGUCGGGAAGCGCUUGACAACGGGUUCCGGGGGUUCGUCACUGCGUAGAGGGCGUCGGCGAUACACGCUCGGAGAGGGAGAGGGAGAGGUGCAAAGCAGAGCCUGUUGUGUCGAUGUGUGUAGCUAGGUAGUAGCUCGGUGGAUUUGUUUCAAUGCUGAAGGCUGAUGCUGGUGGAGGAG